AUGUCACCCUGCAGCGCGCAAUACGGCUCGGUCGACGCUCUGGACGAGCUGCUCACGGUCGAGGGAUGCGACGUAGACUUGCAAAAUAGGAUUAUGAAGCAGACUCCACUUCAUUUGGCUUGCAAGAACUCGGAUCUAGACACACGCCACUACAUGGUCCGGAGCUUGCUAGAAGCUGGCGCAGAUACAUCGCAAGACAAGCAUGGCCAGCGCGCCUAUGACUUGAUUCCGGCCGCAGACAACGAUUGCCGUGGAUUUAUCAGAGAAGCUGAAGCUCAGGCGGCGCAACUUGACGAUGUGGCAGAUGAUGACGACGACGAUGUGCACUCGGACGAUGUCGCCUCGGAUUGA